GACUUAGAAACGGGCGGACGUAUCCGUUUAUUUUUAGUUCCUUUUUUGUUUUUAUUUUUUUUAUUUUAAAAUAAACUGUUUCAUUUUCCGUUUAGGGUUCUCUGUUUAUUUGGCAACAGAAAAAUAUUGGGGUUUUGAGAGCUGGGAAGGGUUUAAUAGUUUUACUCUUACUGAGAAAUCAUCGAUCGCCAUUUGUUUCAUCUCUUACAUGGACGCCCCUUAAACGGCGUCGCUUUCUAGGUUUUACUGAACCAAUGGCCGGUUCAGUCUCUCUGACAAAACCAGAUUCCGCUUCGAAUCGUUGGGACACUUUCCCCGCGGUCGAUUUUGAUUUUAGAAAUUGAGGGUUUCGUUUGCCGCUUCUGAAGAAAUGGCGCAGGAUGUGCAGGUGCAGCAAGACAAGGCGUCCAAUGCCUGCUGCGCCGCGUUGCAGAAGAAACACUCGAAGCUCUUGGGGAAGUAUGCGAAUCUUGAAGGGGUGAAGAAUACGUUUCGCGAGUGCACGAAAAUGUUGGAGGAGAAAUAUAAUGUGGUCGAGAAAGAUAACGAGAGUCUGAGAAAAGAAUUGGAAGAACUCAAGGUGCAGGUUAAUUUUUGGAAAGAUGAGAAAGAGAAAGAGGCUGGUCGGCGUACUGAUCUUGAGGAUGAGGUUUUGGCACUGCAAGAUGAGGUUCGAUUGCUGAAGCAAAACGGCGGUUCUGCUUCUCACGGAGCAGAUGAGCAGCUUCAAGAACGUAUUGCUCAGGCUGAGGAAGAAAUUAAGCAAUUGAAGGAGCUUCUGGACCAAGAGAGGGGGAAGGCAGCUUCGGAAAAGAGAGGCGCUGAGUUGGAGAAGAAGAAAGCGGAUGAGGCUUUGAAGAAGUUAGAGAAGGGAAGAAAUAAGAUUAGUGAAAUGCAGAAGGCUGCUAAUGUAGAGAGGAAAAAGGCUGAGGAGUAUAAGCUUCUGUGGGAGAAGUUACAAAAAGAGACAGAUGAUAUGAAGUCUAUAUUGGCAUUGGAAAAAUCUAAAUCUGGAGAUGCAGAGAAAAAAUUGGAAGCAGAGAAACAGAAAGCCAUUAGAGAAAGAAAAAGGGCUGACUUGGCAGUGACUAAAUCUGAAGAGCAGCAAAAACUUGCUGAAACGAGUUUGAAGAAGGUGAAUUUGGAGAAGGAUCGAGCAGAUGAUUUGAAUCGGAGGUUGGAACAAGCUAAGAAUAGGGUUGAACAAUUAGAGGGUGAGUUGCUUAAACACAAAUGCUUUGAAAAAUCUGAAGAUAGGCUUUUGUUGGAGAAGUUAAGAAAGGAAACUGGUGAUUUAAAGUCAAUGUUGGCUUUGGAGAAAUCUAAAUCUGAAGCUGCUCACAAGAAAGUGGAGGUGGAGAAACAGAAAGCCAUUGAAGAAAGAAAAAGGGCAAACUUGGCAGUGGUCAAAUCUGAAGAGCAAAAGAAACUUACUGAAACGAAUUUGAAGAGGGCCAUGUCUGAGAAAGCUCGAGCAGAUGAUUUGAGUCGGAAGUUGGAAGAGGCUAAGAAUAGAGCUGAAAACAAAGAGCUCGAGGUACGUAAACAUAUAUCCUCUGGGAAGUCAGUUGAGGUCAAAGCCAGUCCUGGCAGCAAUGCAGUACAUGCCACUGAUAUAUGCACUGAAAUGCUAAAGAAUGAUACCCAAUUCUCUAAAUGGGUGAAAAAGAUGCUUUCGGAGAAAGAGCAUAAUAUUAUGAGGGAGAAAAAGCGAGCAGAUUCAGCAAAAAAGAAAGCAAAGAAACUGACAAAAAAUGCAGAAGAAUACAAAAAGAUGUCCAUGGAACAAAAACAUCGCGCAGAUCAACUAUCUGGACAGUUGGAGAAGUACAAGCUCAGGUUAGAAGAGUUGCAGAAGGAAAUGCAGGAGUUUGUUUCAUGUAGAAUUUACGCCGGCACUGCACCAGUAAUAGACAAUGAUAUCGUUUUUGAAACUGAUACAGUUGAACUUCUAAAGAAACAAUUGAAGCUAGAAAAGUUGCUUGCAAAACAUGCCAAGGAAGCAACAAAGAUAGAAGGUUUUCGUAACAAGAUGCUACAACAAGAAUUAUGUCACCUAAAGCAGGAGAGUCUUCAGUUCCAACAGCGCUUGAAUAUACUAGAUAAGAGUUUCUUGCAUGGCUCCAAAGGUAUAGAUCAGUUAAAAAAGAUUUGCGGUCAGACCACUAAAAGAGAAAUAUUAGGCUCUGAUGGGGAUAACAGUCGACUCAUGUCAGGUAUAGAUUCUAGGAUGGAUCCUCCAUAUCGAGGUUCCAACCAAAAACUGUUACAGAGUUCUGCCAUAUAUUCCAGUUCAGCAUCUUUUUCUGAUAGACCCUUGGUGGGAUCACAGGAAAGAGGCACAUUCUCUAUUGUGACAUCAUCUGACCUGGGGGAGGAUAUACCAAACUCCAAACCAAAGAUAUCUGAUAAGAUGCACAACAAGCAAAAUGUAGUUAAAGCUGAUAACAGAACUAGAAGUCCAAUUAAAAACAGUUCUAGUAAAAGAAGAGUUGUCUUGCAUGAAAAGAAGAGGAUUCAUGGUGCACUAGAGUCUGUAGAAAAUUUGUAUGUUAAGGGUGAGAAGUAUCAUCAACAGGUGUCUGAAAAACUAGCCAUAUUGCAUGAUAUUCGCAAUGGCCAAGUGGAUGAACCUCCAGAAGAGAGUCUGAAAGGAACUUCUUGCAGGGAGCUCUCUAGACCUCUCAAGAAGAGAAAAACCUCUUCAGAGGGAACAGUAACCAUUCAUCAUCUGCAAGACUCUGGGAUGUCAAAAGGAAUGACCGAUUCUGAUAUCAAUAACUCAGAUGCCUGUAUACCUGCUUCAUCACCAGGGUCUGAUGCAGUCAGAUCUGAUUGUGGUUUUGAGGAUGGAACAAAUAAUAUUUUAGGACACAGCCUGUGCACUACUCCUGAUUUUGACCAGAUGGUCACUGGUGACUAUAUGAAGUUGCUAGACAUCGCUGAUGAAGACUCCUAUCGUAGAGCUAUUGCCAGGCCCCUAUCUCCUAUUCUGCCUGAGGUUGAAGUAGUUAGCUCUGAGAUGCUGGUAUGUACGAGUUUCCAAGAGAGGUUGUCAAAUGUGAGAAGUCAUCCAGUUAUUGAAAUGGAGAAUAAUCUCACUAAUGCAGUAUCUAAUGGCUCUGUUCCUUUACUGUUACAAAUGGAGCAUAAGUCUGUUGACUUCUCCAAAGAUAUAUCUCCACUGGCAGCAAAUGAUACUCAUUGCAAAGAAAUCCAUUUUUCAAGUGGGAAGUUGGGAAUGCCAUAUCUUUCUGGUUCUGGAAACAAGGAAACUAUUGAAUCAGGUGAAAAUGGGAUUGCAUCUAGCCGUGGUAAGAUUUUGAAGUGUUUUAUUGUAUCCUCAGACAACAAAGACAAUUCCAGCAUUUUGAGGAUCCUUCAGACAAUUUGUAGUUGCAUGCCACAAUGUUCUUUUAAUCAUUCAGUGGAGAUGUUCGUUCAAAAUGUUAUAUGCACCCUUCAUGAAGCUAAAGAUCUCUCAACUAGGGAAAAGGCAUGCGUGUUCUUGUCGUUAAUACUGCCUGAAAUUUCUGAACUUGGACUGAAGAACUGGACAAAUGGUUUGAGUGAUAAUUUUGUUCAGGUUCUUGGUUCGGUGAGCAUGCUCUUCAACCCAGCACUAUCCAAUCCAUCUUUGAAAAUGAUGGUUAUUGAGUCGUGUGGUUUGUCUGAACUGCUUGCUAUCAUUGAAGAUUUUCUUCAACAGAGUAAAGUUUUUGUCUGUGGUGGCAUAUCGUCCGAGUCAGAGUCCCAUGUUACUUCCAAAUUGAACCUCAUUUUAAAUGGCAAUCCCACAUUGCUGUUGGAAGUGGCUGCCUCAGCUCAUCUGUUGGUUGCAGGGGGUUGUCUGUUAGCAUCAUUGUGCUCCGCUGUUGACAAUAUUGGUUAUGUUUGUGAGAUAUCAUACAGCAUUAUUAGAAUGCAGAAGCUUGACCGUCCAGUAAUGUUGGCUAUUCUUCAUGCUUUUGCCCUCAUAUGUGGCUCCAAAUACUUUACCUCUUCACAGUACUCCAUAGCUAUGACUGUGGUAAAAUCCGUGGUUAUAUUUCUUGAGGAGCAAACUUUGUCAGCCAAUUGUACAUCAUUUUCCCUGUCAGGUGUUAGAAACCCAUCUAGCAUCUUGUUGUGCACACAUUGUCCAUUCUCAGCAGGGUGCAGUUCCUGUGGAAGAUGUCCGCGGUGAUGCUGUUAGAGAACCUCAAAAAGCAGUGUAAUGGUGGGUUAUUGCCACAAGAUUCGCUUGCCUUAGUCAAUUUGCAGGAUCCUAGACUGUUGCUCCAUGAGGAUGCAGCCAAAGAAGUUUCAGGCUCGGGAGAGGCUUUGGCAUGUGAUGAGAAUUUAUGCAACUUCCUUGAUAUUAUUUCUUUGGUUGAGGUUCUAGCUUCAGUCAUGAGCUGGGAUUGGACAUCAGAUCACUUCAUAUGGCAGAUUUGUGAAUAUUCGGAGGUACAUUUAAUGGAGGGAUUCUCUGCUGCUAUCAUUAUAAUCAUACUUCUUGGUCAACUUGGGAGGCUUGGAGUUGGUGCUGGCGGAUAUGAGGAUCCUGGUGUUAAGAAAUUAAGAGCCUGGUUCUCAAAGUUUUUUUGUGAAAUCACAUUCAAGAGAUUGAGUAUUCCUGUCCAAUUUGCCCUUAUAACUUCUUUGCUUGGUCUCACUCCUAUCAAAUUUGAAGAGGUCGCGGAAGGUAAAAUCGAAACUCCAGCAGCCAUGAGUCAGGUCCAUUCCCUGUAGUUUUAUAAGGGAGUGGUUUUUUUCCUUGAGUCACGAGCAACAGUCGUCCUUGAGGCAUCAUCUAGCUGCAAGUGAGGGCAACUAGCUGAUCGGUUUUUCCCCGAGACGGGGUGUUUUAGUUCAGACGUAGGCGAAAAGAAAGGGUUUCGCACUGCGGCCUUCACUUCUAGGGCAGUCGAGUCCCACAAUGGAGGCAUCGAAGGUCUUAUCCUCUCCAAUUUUUCUCAAGUUAAAACGAACUGCUUAUUUCAAAGUUUUGAAAACGUUUACUUGAUAUUGUUGGAACCUUGCAAUUUUGUUCAACGUUGAUUUGGAAGCCGCGGUAUUUUACAUAGCUCUUCAGUCGCCAUCAUUAAUUUUGUAAACUUUUUUUUCCUCUUUGAAUCAUUCAGCUCUUUUUGGGGGGUCAAUAUCUGGACUAGUGAAAGUUGGAAUUUUUGUAUUCCUUGAUGGUUGACUUUAGAGAGGUGGUAACUAAACGUUAGUACAAAUUAUUGAAAUCUUAGUAACAUUUUCUUGUGUGA